UGAAAGGUGUAAUUGUAUGUGAAAACCUGGUGUUGUACAUUAAGGAACAGGUACCUACUGGAGCUUGCCUACUUCCGCAAUAAAAGCUGUUCCGACACAUUCAUCAAAACAACAAUAAUGGAAAUUCACAGCGACGUGUCUCGGUUUCUGUUUUUCACAUUAAAUGUUUUUCUGUUAUUGAAUCAGGUAUCAGCAUAUUACUGCAACCAUGAUUUAUGUCGAGAAGACCAGUAUUGCUGUGGAGAUAAUCUUUGCUGUGACUAUGUUUAUUCACCUUGGUACUUCUGGGCCGGUGUAGUGUUUAUGGUUCUUGUCCUGUCAGCAUGUGGAGGACUAUUUCGUUAUUGUUAUGAUAGUAACUCUUACGUUGUAUUACACUCUUCCAAAGAAGAAUAUUAUGCAUCAAAAGGAGCCAUGGAUGAAGACAAAGGAUUGACUGGGGUGUUGGUGAAUAGAGAGGCUCCUCCGCCUUACUCCGUGGCUCAGUACUCGGACACUCCAGAAAAUUAUCAGCGCUUCCCCUUCUAUGAGGAAGAAAAGCACCGACCAAACCUUUGAUCAUUUUCAUAUAUAUUGACUGUUCUUGUUGUACAUUAUUUGGAAUAGAGUAUUUAUAUGUGUAUGUGCAUGGGAUGGCAGAAAUGUAUCAUAUGUGGGAAAGGCAGAGAAUUAUAUUUAUAAAAGUUAUAUUCAAAAUUUAUAGAUGGAAGAUGGUUUUAUUAUAUAAGUAUGUAAAGAAAAUAGUGUGAAAUUUGUCUUAGUUUUUCAGAUUUAAAAGAAAUUAAGACAGAUUUACAUUAAAACGUAUACUAUUUCAUUUUUAAGUAUUUAGUUAUUUUGUUCAUUUAUGAAUGCUAUAUGUAUGUCUCCCUAAAGGUUAGGGAAAGGAAAAAAGCAAGGUGAUAUAUAUAUUCUGUGUUUCAUUUGUGUUUGAAAGUGUUUUAGAUCCAUGACUAUGUUUUAAUAAACAAACUUUCAGUGGUCAAUGACAUAGAAGAUAAUAAGAAUUAAUUUGUAACUUAUUUACAUUUUUUUGUCAGUAAUUAUGAUAAUUUUUAUACGAAAUUUUGCUUGAUAAUUCUUCUUAAUGCCUAAAUUUUCAGAAACUAAAGAUACUGAUGGCGACAUAGCUGUAAAAAAUUUUCAUUGAUUUAUAACUUUUUUUAUUCGUAUUAGCUUCACUUAAAAAAAGUGAACUUUUUUAACUGCACAAUUUAGCUUUAAAGUAAUAGCAAGUAAAACAUUUUUUUUAUUACUCAAUUUGAAGCAAUUAAUUGAGUUCGUUUAGUUAAUUGUUUUAGUUGAAUCGAAAUAUUAAUAUUUUUUUAUAUGUUUGAAUGCAUUAACAACCUUUGGUUACCUUAAAUUUACUUAAAUAUCUUUCACCCCAAUUUUUUUCCCCCUUCUUUUUAAGGAGCUUCUUAGCAAGGAAGUUUAAUAUAUUGUUCUUUGCCCAGAUUUUGAAUUUUGCUUAUUGCUAUUUUAAAAUAAAUUUAUAAAGGUUUUUUUUUUAGCUGUAGGAAUUUUUUAUAUAUUAAUUUUGUAUCUAUGUUAAUUGAUGAAAAUGCAGGUAUCCUAUCUUGACCAUAUUAACAUCUAUACAGAACAAGAAUUCUUGUUUGGUAAGUGACUAUUACAACCCUCUUUUAUAAUUCAUGUUUAAGAAAAAUAGGGAAGGAAAUAUCUGAUCCUUUGCUUUGAGAAUAAGUAUUAUUAUAAAAAGGAAUAGCAGUUCAUUUAUAUGCUACAGUGUUUAUAUUGGAAGGUGCUCAAUUUUAUUGUGUAUAUUGAAGCGUGCAUGCACUUACAGUGGCAAAUUACACUGGAUUCAAUUGAACUCUCUAAAGAGAAGACAUAAAAACAAAUAAAAUGGGAGACAGUAACUAAAUCUCUUUCUAUUGUAACUUAGGUUUGAUAUAUAUCAAAUCCUUCUAUUGUUCCUAUAAAAAAAAACCAUAGGGAUCAGAUCUGUCAAUUAUAGUGUCCAUACAACAGGAAUGUCAAUUAAAACUUAUUUACAGUGAUUACAACAUGCUUUUCUUUUAUAUAUUUGUUGCAAGAAAUAAUUAUGUAGAGAUAUAAGUUUUUUUUAAUUAUCUUUUGUACUUUAGUUCACCCUUCUAUAGUAUUUAAUGUAAUCUUGUCCAAACUCCAUGGAUAGAAUAACAGCUAUUUUGAAUUGGUUAGUAUAUAAUGGACCAUAAACUAUAUUGGAAUAUAUAUAACUUCUGAAAAAUAAAAUUCUAAAUUUUUCGAUGACUUAUUUUUUUUUAGUUUGAAGACGUUUGUAUUAUUAAAAAGGAUUAAAGUAUAAUAUGAUUUUUAUGUAGUGAUUUCUUAACUCGUUUGUAGUCAAUGAUUAUUCAAGUUGAUAGUACAUAGAAAGCUACAUAGCAGAUUACUUCUAUCUUUUUGGAAGUAGAAAUCAUCUUUCAAGUAACCACUUGGAAUGAAGUACAAAUCAUUAAAUUAAAUAACUUCCAAAACAAACAAUAAAAAGGUGUAAAAAAAUGUGUAUUAAUUUAACACAAAAAAAAUUCUUGAAUAUUUUUUAUAAGCAUGAUUUCUUAGAAUCAGAAUCUGUCUAUUUCCCAAAUUGAUCAAACUAUCUGCAAGGUAAUGCAAUAUUUUGGAGGAAAAAUUUGUUUUGAUUUCUUUUUAAUUCUUUUAUAUUCUUAACUGAAAUAAAAAAUUCAUUCUUCAUUGCUUUUAUAUACAUUUUUAAAAAUUUCAUGUCAGCACAGAAGGUGAAAUUAGGGUGGUUCUCUGAAAAUGUAUCACCCCCUUUCUUUUUUUGUGCCAUUUCUUUCUCUAAUUUCAUCAACUAUGACGGUGGAAGAGAAUGCAAAUGAUGAAAGGUUCCCAACAUGGCGUCACAAGUUUUGUUAAGGAGCAAUUGCAAUUAACAUGAAAAAAAAACCUUGAAAAUUACUGAGUCCUGACUUCCAAGCUAUUGCAGCUAUCGAGAAAUUUUUGACAUAAAAAUUAUUUUUUAUGAUUAAGUGACAAUUCACAUAAUUUAAAUUAUCUUUCAAUCAUAGAAGAAUUAUGGAGAAAAAAAAUUUCAGACCCCACCAUCUUCAUAUUCACUUCUUUUAUGAUUGUUUACAAACACGACUGAGAUUUUCAAGCUCCCUAUAACAUAUUUCUUGCACAUUCAGAUCCAUUCAGAAUUACUUGAAUUCCGUGAGAACAGUUGUAAUAGUUUAAGGGAUCUGUUGAAUAGGAGGCUUAUGCAUUUACUGUGAAUAAAAUUAAAAUUCUUCAAACCUAAAUUAAUUUCAAGUUUAAAUAGUUAAUAUCUUAAAACAAAUAUUAAUUAUUAUUGUGAGUUCUAAUACAUUUAAUUGUUUAUUUCAGUUUAAUAACAAAACAUUUUCUAAUGUAUUUUGAACUUAUGUGAUUUUAAUGCUUUGUUUGUAAAUAAGGUUUAUUAAUGUAAAAUGUGUCCAUUUUGUAUUUCAUUUAAUAAUUUUAUACAAAAGAUUUUGAAUUUUAUAGAAAUAAUUCUUCUCUUAUUCAUAUUGAAAUGUUUCUCAAAAUUUAAACUGUUUUACUUCUUUUGCAUUUCAGUUUUUGGUGCAGUUUUGUAAAUGAUGUGGUUAUAAAUUGUUUCAUAUGAUUUGUAUUAUCAUAGUAUUGCUUAUAAAUAAUAUUUAAUUUUAUUUAAAAAUAUUUGCUCUUGCUAGCAGCAUUAUUACAAAAAUAAUUUUAUAUAUAAAAAAUAUAUCAGUAGAAAGUCUAAAAUUGUAACAUUGCAAAGUGUAAUGGUCAAAAUGUUACCUAAAGUUUAGGCUUUAUUUUAGAGAAAGUGGUGUUAAAACUCAUCUCUUUGGCUGAUAAUGAUUUGACAGUUAGUCUUGUUAAUUAUUACGCUAAAAUUUUGCCUUUAUUUUCUUUGUUCUUAGACUACUAUUCAAAUUAAUAAUAUCUUGAUAUAUAAAGUAGAUCGAUGAAUGUAUUUUUUAUGCAAUCUUUAAAAUCAAUAUUAUGACUUAGGUAAAAUUUUGUAACAGAACAAAGAUAUGUCCGUUUUGUGCUAGAGUGUUUGGCAUAGAACCAAAAGGAAUUGAAACUUAUUCUGUGUAGAAGUUUAUGGACAUUUUCUGAUAGCAGGAGAAUUUCCUAGUAGUAGGUGGGGAUUAAAGUUUUGGCCUUUUUUCUUUUUGGAAUUUUUUUCAUUGUAAAUUCUAUGUAUGCUUCAAAUUUUUCUUUUGAAGAGAGUGAGCUUUGAAUGAAUAAAGUAAUAUAUUCAUUCUCAAAUUACUGAAGUUUUGGAAAAAAAUCUUGAAUUAUUUUUGUUUUGCAUCAUUGAAAUUUUUGAAUAAAAUGAUGUAUUAUUAUUGUCAUUGUAUCAUGCAUUAUAGUCACAUGUUUAUUCAUCAUGUUCAUUAUCAUACUUUUUAAAUGCAGAUGUCAAAAAAUUCAAGUGAAAAAUUUUCUCAUUAGAAGCAUAGGAAAUUGUUCUGUUUCAAUAUAAUUGUGUUUAAUGAAAUGAGAUCUUCCUAAAGCACUUGUUAUGAGUAUUCCUCAAGCAUUCAAGCACAUAUAUACCUUUUUCUACUGAUGGAAGUAAAGUAUAGAGUUCACUAAACUUCCAAACAUCUAUGUAAGGUUUAUGUCACAUUAUUUUCUUAUCUUCUUCAGUAAAUCUUGCUACAUAAUGAAAUUUUUCGCAUUUUCCACAUUAUCAGACAAGAGUACGACACUGUUGAUCACAUGAGUCAUCUGUUUUGUCACUCAACAUAUUGCUCAUGACAGUCAACAGAUGUAUGCAAUAAAGAUAUGAAUGCUGAUUUCUCAUGGAGGUUUUUGAAGGAAUAUUUUAAAAAAUUCAAUUUUUCAGAUAUUUUAAAUGAAUAAAGGAAAUGACUUUUAAAAUUUUGCAUGAUGCUUAUGAAGAGCAACAUUCUCAGUCACAUUUCCAUGAAAUACAAAAUUUACACUUAAUUUUUUUUUUUAUCUUCAUUAACCAAAAUUUAAGUUUAAAAAAAUAUUUUUUAAAAUAAGAAUAAAAAUGUGCUCUCCCCCCCCCCUUCCUGAACAUCUUCUCCUUGAGAUAAUGAAGUAUCUUUCUAAAAAAGUUUGUGAUGUUUAAUUUAUGAUCUUCAUAAAGCAUCUUCAAGGUUUUUCUAUUUCUACCAUAAAAUCUUAGUAAUAUGUGUUACUGCUCUUUGAUUAAUAAUGAACCUAAGAUAGUCUGAAUCUACUUUAGCCAUUUUUACCUUUCCAUUUCAGUAAAGUUAAUUAAUCUUUACUAAUACCAAAUUAUUAUCUGGUAAUAAAAGAAAACUAUAUAAAAGCAACUUGCAGAUACUUACGUAAAUUUUUUCAUUUAUUGCAGAUUAAUUAUUUUCCUAAAUAAUUAAAAUUAUUUAUCUGUACUUUAAUCAUUUUGCCCAUUAAAUUCCAAAUAAAAUAUCUCCAAUCAAAAAAAAAAAAAAAGAAUUUUUUUAAAAGUAUGCCACUCAUGUGAUGAAUGAUAUCACAGGAGUCCAGAAUGAAUCUACGUUCAAUGCAGCAUUAUAUAUCAACAGUGGUCAGUUUUUAUGAACAGAUAGUUCCUCAAAAGAUCACACACCUUUCUUGGAUUUCAGUGUUUUCAGAAUCAAUUUAUAACAUCCUGGAGAUUGAUUCUUAUUCUUUUAUGCCAUAAUUCUACAAUAUUUUUAAUAUCUCAAGUACUUUUGUAUAAAUUUAUUCAUUUUAUUCUUCAAUUAAUCAUACUUAUUUUACUUCUUGGUUAAUAUGUUUGAUACAAUUCAUUAUUUUGCAAAAUCCAGCUUCUUUUUUUUAUUUCAAGCUUUUGUCAUGUCUGGAAGAUGUUUGUAUUCAAGCAAGAACUCAUCAGAUUUCAUCAGUUCUUAUUUUUUAAUCAAGAGAUAGUGUUACUCACCUUGCAGCAUCCCUUGCACAAUGGUGUGUAGCCCCUACUAAGGCCAUGUUUCUUGUACAUUUUAUUAACUUGUUUGUCUAUGCAUUCAUUUUUAUAUUUUUAAUUCCUUUAUAGAAUUCUUUAGAAUCCCAUUAAAAUGCCUUUUCUACAGCUUUUUUUUAAAAAAGUUAUUUGUACUUUCAAAAUAAAAUUCACAAUAAAUGGGGCCUUAGUGACGUUUCUUCCCCUAUAGUUUUGUUUACAAAACUCGAAUGUAUUCUAGUACCUCUGUAAAUAUGUGUAUAUCAUUUGUAUGACAUAAAUAAAGUGUAUACUAAUAUGUA